AUGCCGGAGGCCGGGGUCCCGCACAUGAGGCCAGAGCCGUCCGAGUGUGGGUGCCUGGGAAUGCCGGUGCCAUUCAGUGUGACCGCUCAGCAGUGUAGCAGGGGUGGGGACCCCCGCUACGGCUCCCUGGAGUUUGAUUCUCACCUGGCUGAGAUUACGGAGCAACGUAGUGUCACUAGCCACGACUGCUCCGCGUCUGGCAGCACAAACGUUGCCCAGCUGGGUGUACGACAGUGCGGACCAGCUUCCGGCAGCACUACCAUCUCCGCGUGCACCAUUUCAACUGUACAUAUAGCCUACUCAACUUACGACCAAAUCGUGUUACGACCGGUCCGCGGUCCCGACCGUGGUCCAUGGCUCCAACCCUACCUGUCGGCUCAGGAGACACUGGGUUGGAAUUCCUGUGAUGCGUGCAAAGGACAUCAACAGCCUCUCAACACUUGCCAGUGGGGGCCAGGGAGUGGUGAUCCCUUGGAGCACAGGCUUUUCCGGGCGGCUCCGGAAGACGGCGGAGUGCAGGUCCUGGUGCUUGAUGGCCGAGGCCAUCUCCUGGGCCGCCUGGCAGCCAUCGCGGCUGAGCAGGUACUGCUGGGCCGGAAGGUGGCGGUCGUUCGCUGCGAGGGCAUCAACAUUUCUGGCAAUUUCUACAGAAACAAGUUGAAGUACCUGGAUUUCCUCCGCAAGCGGAUGAACACCAACCCUUCCCGAGGCCCCUACCACUUCCGGGCCCCCAGCCGCAUCUUCCGGCGGCCGGGGCGAGGCGUGCUGCCGCACAAGACCAAGCAAGGCCCGGCCGCCCCGCACCGCCUCAAGGUGUUUGACGGCAUCCCACCGCCCUACGACACCAUAGAGCGGGUGGUGGUUCCUGCGGCCCCCAAGGUGGUGCGUCUGAAGCCCACGAGGAAGUUUGCCUAUCUGGGGCGCCUGGCUCACGAGGUUGGCUGCAAGCACCAGGCAGUGAGAGCCACCCUGGAGGAGAAGAGGAAGGAGAAGGCCAAGAUCCGCUACGGGAAGAAGAAACAGCUCAUGAGGCUACGGAAACAAGCCGAGAAGAACGUGGAGAAGAAAACUGACAAAUACACAGAGGUCCUCAAGACGCAUGGACCCCUGGUCUGAGCCCAGUAAAGACUGUUAAUUCCU